AAUAUGGGAAGCUAUUAAAUAAGAUAAGUUUCUUAGACAAACUAUAAUAACCAUAUAUGUUAAAUAUUAUUUAUUUGUUUUAGGGUAAAAUAAAGCAAGCUGUUAUCUAAACAAACUGUACAGUACGAAAUGAUUAGCCCAGUAAUCUUAUAUUUUUAAUAUUCCUAACAAGUUUGUCGCGCCCCCUGAGAAGGUGUUCAGUAUGUAAUGGGUGUUGUUGUCUGGUCUGAUUCAGCCUUGAUAACCUCUCCCCUUUCCGAUUGUGGGUGUAAACAAUUCCGAAGAUAGGGGGAAUCAGAAGCAAUCAGCUGGCGCUAGACAUUUAAUUGCCCGAUUUGACUUUGCCUGAGAAGCUCGCGACCCCAACGACUUUGGUGCUCCGUAAUCAGCUAAUAAUUUACUAGCAAAUAGAGGUAUUCCGGAUCAGUGACGCUCAGACACCCGGCAGUUUCUGUCAGGCGUUUUAAGGGGAAGGAACAUCUAACAUCAGCGAACCAGACACUUGCAAAAUGUCAAUCACCUUGGAGGAGGAGAUCUUCGGCUUAGCGGUUAAUCCGUUCACCAACCACCCCGAAAUGGUGCGCCGCUAUACUUUGAAGAAUAGUAAGGGCAUGUCCGUUUCGGUUAUCCAGCUGGGUGCCAUCAUUCAGAGUGUCAAGCUGCCGGAUGCCUAUGAGAAGGUGGACGACGUCUGUCUCGGCUUCAAUGACAUUGCCAGCUAUAUAGCCACCAAGGCGGCUUACAUCGGAGGAACCCUUGGACGUGUCGCCAAUCGAGUGGCCAAUGGAGAGUAUACAGUCAACGAAAACAAGAUCCAAGUGACUAAGAACAUACAGGACAAGUUUCAACUGCACGGUGGCUUUGUUGGGUUUGACAGUGUGAUCUGGGAAGUGGCGCAAAAGACUGUGGAUGGCGUCAUCUUCCGGCAUGUGUCCCCCCACGGGCACGAGGGCUAUCCGGGCAGACUAACGUGUUUCAUCACAUACCAGCUGGACAACGAGAACCGACUCUGGGUCCGCUUCGAGGCCACCACCGAUCGCAGCACUGUGGUGAAUAUCUCCAACCAUGCCUACUUUAAUCUGGCCGGACAUGGAGCCGGAGCGAAGGGUCUGUCGGAGCACACCGUGGAGAUAGCGGCAGAUAAGAUUGUGGACACCGAUGAGUCUCAGAUUCCCACCGGUAAGCUGCUGGAUGUCGAUGAUACCGUCUAUGAUCUGAGGUUGCCUGUGCUCAUCGGAGACCGUCUCAGGCAGUUCGAAAACAGACCCAUCCAGGGAUAUGACAACUGUUUCGUGGUCAAUGGUGGAGAACUGGUAAAGAGCGUCACCAAGGUAGCCAAGAUCGUCCAUCCGCCCAGUUGCCGUGUCCUGGAGGUCUGGACGAAUCAGCCGGGCAUGCAGUUUUACACUGCAAAUAAUCUGCCGGAUGAGAAAGCAGGCGCCACGCCGAUAAUUGGAAAGGAGUGCACCCAUUAUGUGCGCCAUGGGUCCUUCUGCGUCGAAACGGAAAAGUUCCCCGACUCCAUGAACCAUCCUGAGUUUCCCUCAAUCAACCUGGAGCCGGACCAGAAGUACUGCCACGAAGUUCUUUACUGGUUCAAGGUCGAAGAGUCCUGGAAGUGCUGCUGCAACAAUGCUCCCUGAUUUGUGAUUUUGUUCUCGCUCCAAAUUAAAGUACUAUAGUUCCAUUCCCCAAAAAAUAUAUUUUGUAGAACAUUUUUGGCUAUUCAAUGGUAUGCCACUAAAUAAAGCUGUAUAGAAUAAAAUAUAAA